AGAAAGCAUAUUGAAUUAUAAAUACACUUCAAAACUCUCAAACCAGAUCAAGUUUGGUGCGAGAGCAAGAUUCAAAAGAAAUGGAUCCCAUCUCAUCUUUACUCUUCUUCAUCUUCAUUUUCUUACUUUCACUAAAACUAUUCUUCUUCAAACCCAAAACCCCAAACUUCCCUCCUUCACCUCUAAGACUUCCCCUAAUUGGCAACCUUCACCAACUAGGCUCCCUACCACACCAAUCCUUGGCCACUCUUUCCCAAAAAUAUGGUCCUCUAAUGCUCUUAAAGCUAGGCCAAGCUCCUGUCCUCGUAAUUUCCUCGGCGAAAAUGGCCGAACAAGUCAUGAAAACCCAUGACCUUGUAUUCUCUAACCGACCCCAAACGACUGCGGCAAAAACCUUGCUUUAUGGAUGCCAAGAUAUGGGUUUUGCCCCAUAUGGUGAGUACUGGCGCCAAGCAAGAAAAAUAUGUGCUCUUGAGCUUUUUAGUGUGAAAAGAGUUGAGUCUUUUCAAUACGUUAGAGAUGAAGAAAUUGAUUCUCUUGUUAAUAAGAUUCGUAAGAGUGGGAGUGAUCAUAGUUUGGAUCUUGGGCAUUUGUUUUUCCAAACAUCAAAUAAUAUUGUUUCAAAAUGUGUUAUGGGAGAGAAAUUUGAGGAUGAAGAUGGGAAGAGUAGAUUUGAGGAGAUAUCAAGAAAGGCUAUGGUGAUAGUGACAGCGUUUUGUGUUGAGGAUUUUUUCCCUUCAUUUGGUUGGAUUAUUGAUGUUAUUAGAGGAUUUAAUUGGGAUUUGAAGAAUUGUUUCAAAACAUUAGAUGAGCUUUUUAGUAAAGUUGUUGAAGAACAUAAGGAGAAAAUCAAGAGAUCAGGAGGUGUAAUUAAUAUCGAUGAUUAUGAAUCAAAAAAGGAUUUUGUGGAUAUUAUGCUACAACUUCAACAAGAUGAUAAGCUUGACUAUCCUUUCUCUCUUGAUAACCUCAAAGCAAUUGUUUUGGACAUGUUUAUAGGUGGAAGUGACACAACAGCAACAGGGUUGGAAUGGACAAUGACAGAGCUAAUGAGAAAACCAAGAAUCAUGAAGAAAGUUCAGGAAGAAGUUAGAACAAUAAUUGGCAAAAAAUCAAAGAUAGAAGCAGAAGACAUUAAAAAAAUGGAAUACAUGCAAUGUGUGAUUAAAGAGUCUCUAAGGCUUCACCCACCCGUUCCUCUUUUAGUGCCAAGAGAAACAAUGGCAGACGUUGAGAUUGAAGGUUACUAUAUUCCGUCAAAAACAAGAGUGUUUGUGAAUGCUUGGGCCAUUCAAAGAGACCCUCAAUGUUGGGAUAAUCCAAAUGAGUUCAUUCCAGAGAGAUUUAUGGACAAAACUAAUUCAGCUGAUUAUAAAGGUCAAAACUUUGAGUUCAUUCCAUUUGGUAGUGGAAGAAGGAAGUGUCCUGGAUUAUCAUUUGGGAUUGCUUCGUUUGAAUUUGCUUUGGCAAAUAUUCUCUACUGGUUUGAUUGGAAGCUUCCUGAUGGUUGUGAAUCAUUGGAUGUUGAAGAAGCUAACGGACUCACUGUUCGUAAGAAAAAGCCACUCCAUCUUAGUCCCAUACCUUAUGUUGUGUCUAAUUAAUUCAUCUUAAAAUGACUGUUUUGUAUUGUUGUUUAAAUAAAAGAUCAUAAAUCUUCUAUUUCCAUAUGUUAUAUAAAAUGUGUUUUGUAUUGAAGUUAAUGUAAUGGAGCUUUGGUUUCUAAGUUAGAUAUGCACCA